CUUUGUCAUUGUCAAUGAACGAAUGAAUUGCAAAGUCAUAACUCAUAGAUAGGUUGGAUAGUGGAUACCUACAAACUGUAAACGGUUUAUUUUAGUGCAGUGGUUUUGUUAUUUCCAGCUGAAUUAAAGAAGCAUUUACCAAAAUACACAACAUGCCUAAAGUUUCAGUAAAGGUAAAAUGGGGGAAGGAGUUGUUUCCCGGUGUGGAAGUGAAUACUGAAGACCUCCCAAUAGUAUUCAAGGCUCAAAUAUUUGCAUUGACUGGUGUACAACCCGAGAGGCAAAAAGUUGUGUGCAAAGGUGUCACUUUGAGAGAUGAUACUUGGGGCAACUUUGCACUAAGUAAUAAUGCAUUAGUGCUGGUUAUGGGCAGCAAAGAGGAGGAUGUGCCAGCAGCACCUGCCGAGAAGACCAAGUUUGUGGAAGAUAUGAAUGAGUCAGAGCUGGCUACCGCUCUGGAACUUCCAGAGGGUCUUGUUAACUUAGGUAACACUUGUUAUAUGAAUGCAACAGUACAGUGUCUUAAAACUGUCCCCGAACUAAGGAAUGCAUUGCUGGACUAUGAUCAGAAUUCAGGAGGCGGUACCGCCGGCCACCUGACGUCGGCGCUGUCGGACACGGUGCAGGCGCUGGAGGAGGGCGGUGCGGGCAGGUGUGCGGCAGCCGCUGCCAAGUUGCUGCACGCGCUGCACGAAGCGGCGCCGCACCUGGCGGAGCGCGGCGCCGGCGGACAGCUGGCGCAGCAAGACGCUUCCGAGUGCUGGACAGAGAUAGUGCGUGCGCUGCGUGUGAGACUCACGCUGCCUGAACCUGAGAGGCGACUAACGUUGAUGCAACCGCCCACGGACAUCCGCAACAGGGGUCAAGGGACGCUUUGCCGGCCUUUAAGCAAAGCAUUUAUUGAGAAAUACUUCGGUGGCACCUUGGAUGUGGAGCUCGUGUGUAGUGAAGCCCAAGAGCCGCCCACAAGGUCUACGGAGACAUUCCUACAGCUGUCCUGCUUCAUAUCCCAGGAUGUCAAAUAUUUACAGUCUGGCCUAAGAUCGAAAAUGUCGGAGCAGAUAACAAAAAUGUCAGAGACACUAGGAAGAGAUGCUGUGUACACAAAAACCAGCAAAAUCAGCCGGCUGCCUGCAUACCUUACUGUACAGUUCGUGCGAUUUUAUUACAAAGAGAAGGAAUCUAUUAAUGCGAAGAUCCUAAAGGAUGUCAAGUUUCCUCUUGACUUGGAUGUCUAUGAGCUGUGCACACCGGAUCUGCAGGAGAGACUGACUCCGAUGAGGAAUAAGUUUAAGGAAGUAGAUGAAGCGGGAGUACAGACAUCGCUCGGCAACAAAAGCCACGGCGACAGCAAACGAGAUCUCAGGAAAAAGAAAGUGUUGCCGUAUCAUUUUGAGAAUGAUGUCGGUAGCAACAAUAGCGGGUACUACAGACUGCAGGCUGUGCUCACGCACCGCGGACGUUCCUCGUCGUCUGGACACUACGUCGCGUGGGUUAAGCGGGACAAAACCUGGCUGCGAUGUGACGACGAUACGGUCUCCCCUGUUACAGAGGAGGAGGUGCUUAAGCUGAGUGGAGGAGGUGAUUGGCACUGCGCGUAUUUACUACUGUACGGACCCCGUAUUCUGGAGUUGCCAGAGGAAGAUGAACCCAUGGUGACUGAAGUGAUCGAGGACGCUACGGGGGCGCCCCCUACCGCACAAGCGUAGAGAUCCCGUAUCCAACAAGACGCACUAAACAAACCCCUAACAGGCCCCCUUUCUAUCUAAUACUUACGGCCGUUCCCAAUAUACUAUCAACAGAUAGAGAUAAAUUACUACCUUAUAGUGUCAGUGAAGCUGUCCCAAUAUACCCGAUAAGUCAUUAUUAUCGCCUUAUAUUGGUACGCGUGAAUUGCAAUUUCCAUACAAACUUCUAUCGCUGGUAAGCUAUACGUCCUCCAUUGACAGACAGCGUGUACGGAUAAGGUGACUUACCGUCGAUAAGUUUAUUGGGACAGAAAAGUCAACAACAGUUGCUAUUUUUUGAUCUCAAGUAGGCCACAACCGGAGAUAGACUGAAUAUUGGGAAUGGCCGUUAGAGGAGCCUAAAUCCCGAAUCCUUAAGUAAUAAUAUUACUUGUGCGCGUUAUGUUGAGACUCGAUUGGAAUUCGGCGUGAAAGGAGUAGCAGGCUCCAUCCGCUACCUCUUUCAUUUCUUCCUUCGAUGGAGCGAGUCUUACUGACGGCAAUACCAUUUUUAUUACCACGCGACCGUGGAAUUACAGCGCUCAGGUCUCAACUUACCCCGCACGGGUACUACCUAAUUUAUAUGUCGAGUAACUUUACUUACAACAAUAAUCAAUCGAUACGUGACAUAGGUUAUCCUUAGUUUGCAUUUAGCGAACUAACCUUGACUUUAUGAUUAUAUAGGUAUCUGAUCAGUGCAUUUCCUAAAACAGACGGACUUGGGUUACUUUUCAAGAGAGCGCAAAACUUUCUAUUUAUUAUGUGUAAUUAUCUAAGACUGUCAAAACGUGUCAAAAGUAUCUAUAUAAAUAUGAAAUAGUAAUUAAAUUAAUGCAUUCUUGAAAUAAAUAUCACAAGAAAAUGUAAAGUAAAUAUUCCAUGUCAUGUUAUUAAAGCCAUACUUCUAAUAAAGGCGGCCGUACAUUGACAAGGAAUGAGCAAGUAACUAUAGUAGAAAGUACUAUAUUUUAAUGUUAUUAUUUAUUUAUAUGAAACAUGUUUUUUUCAUUAUUCGUGAUACUCUACAUAACCUUUGCGAUUUAAGCGACGCAGCUUUGAUUAAGAAAUUAAACUAUGGGUACUGUAUGAUUGCCAGUCUAUCAUUGAAUUAAAGAUUUCCUACAAUUUA